UACACCGCUAACACUACGGGAGCGCACCGAGGACAUCCCGCCGCCCGCAUCUCUUUCUGCCGCGAAACCUCUUCGAAAUUAAAGUUCAUUCUGCCACGAAAUGAGCAGUCAGCGUCCUGAUUCUGCUUUUAAGCUGAUUGAUGUCAAUAAAAACGAUUCGCUUCGCGCCGGCCACUCAGUUUCGUCCAACAGGCUGCUGGUGCUGGAGCUUCAAGAGCAGCUUAGUGUUUUGAGGCGACAGUUGGAGGAAAAAGAUGAACUUCUUGCAGCCUUGACUGUUGGCAGAAAUGCAAGCAGAGGAGAAUAUCAAAGGGGAAGCCAUGACUCUAUUCAGGAUGCUCCAGUCACCAGGGAGCAGCUCAUUCAUUAUCGGUUGGCAGCAGAGACUGCAAACAGUGAGUUAGCUGCUCUUCAAGUGAAACAUGAGUGCUCUCAGGCGGAGCUCCUGGAAGUCCGAGCAAAGCUCAGUUCAAGGGAAACCUUAAUCCAUGAAAUGAGGCAGGAGAUGGAGAAUUACAAAGAGAAUAAUGCUAGGCAAGCCUCUGUGAUCAGUUCCCUCAGGUCACAGGUUCAAGAACUUGAACAGGAAUCAGGCACUGUGGCCUCAUCGAAAACUCGGACAGAAUUAGCCCUUCAAUCAACCUCCAAGGAGAAUGGUGCUCUGAAGGAAAGGAUGCUGGAGCUUGAAAAUAAACUACGACUUUACAUGAAUGAAUGGGAUGACACUCAGCAAAAAGCUUCCAGUUGGGAGAGGAAGCACAAGGAGUUUCUCAGCCACCUUUCUGCCCUACUUAACCUUGAUUAUGGAGGAAAGGAGGAACAUAUUAUUUCCAAGUUGGAUGAGCUCUGUCAGGAAAAUGCCAGACAGAAGAGUAAGAUUACCAUCCUUGAGGAGAGCAUGGAAACCCAUGAGGUUGACUCCAAAGCCAGUAGAGAGACCAUCAUGAGACUUGUUGCAGAAGUGGCCAGAGAACAGAAAGCAUCAGCAUCUACCAUGAAGGAAGUUGAGUCCCUUCGUCAGGAGUUAGAGAGCAUUGUCUUGGGUAAACGAAACCUUGAACGAGAAAACAGAGCCCUUUUGGAGAGAGCUGAAGCUAAUCGGCGCGCAUGGGAAGUCUCCAAACAAGAGCUUGGGACCCUGGAAAAGCGCUCAAAGGAUCUUGAUGGAAGCCUUCGCAGCAGCCAGUAUGAGAUGCGGUCCACGCAAAAUCUGUUACAUGGUUUCAGGGAGGAACUGGCAGAUUUAUUGAGUGGACAGAGUGGGAUGGUUCAACCCUCCGAAGAGGCCAUCAAAGAGCGCAUUGUGGAGAUAAACCGCAAAGUGGAGAGCCAGAAAGAGGCAUUGUCUCAGGACGAAGCCAAAGUGUCCCGGAUGACAGAGCAGCUUGAGCGGCAAACAGAGCUCCUUGAAGCAGCACUCCUGCGAGCCAAGCAGGCUGAACGUCAUCUUUCUGAGUUCCGAGGAAAACUCAGUAAGCUAGAAGGGGAACUGAUCACAGGCGAUGUACUUCGGGACAGCAUGAGUGUCGAUAAGCAGAGUUAUCUUAGAUUUCUAGAUCAGCUGUCAGAGAAAAUGAAACUGGACAGACUUACAGCAGAUGUUGGAUUUGACAUGAGAUUGGAUGCUAUACUUUCCCGGACUGACCAGCUAGUCAAGUUGGAGAAUAAUGCAGUGACUGAAACUAAGACUUUGGCACAUAACCUGCAGAGAAAGGUUAAGACUCAGAAAGAGCAGCUGGAGAGCAAAGAAUUACACAUGGAAAUGCUGCGGAAGAAGAUUGCUCAACUGGAGGAGGAAAAGAAGGCACGUACAGCCCUGGCAGUAGAGCAUGAUGAAGCCACCCUCAAUGUCCGAAAGCUGCAGAAGAAGGUCGAGAGGCUUCAGAAAGAACUUGGCUCCUCUCGGAUUUCCAACACAGACCUAAAAGCUAAGCUUUCAGAUACAAAUGAACUUAAGAUCAAGACCUUGGAACAGAAUGAGAUGAUUGAAGAACUUUCUAAGAGUCUGAAGAAACUGGAAAAGAUGAAACUUGGUGCAGAGAAGAGGCUGACUUCUCUGAAGUCAGAAUUGGAUUUCACGUCCCACAAGUCCCAAGAGGAGCGUGAGAAAACCCGAAACCUGCUGGAGGCGGUCACUAGUGAGCUGACAACUCUUAAAAAGAGCCUGGAGGAUGUGGUGAAACGGGAGAGGCAGCUAGUUGACUUCCGUGAGGUCGUCUCACAGAUGUUAGGACUGAAUGUCAGCACCCUAGCACUGCCUGACUACGAAAUAAUAAAACGCUUGGAGAAGCUGAUCCACAGUCACCACUCCCACGCUGGCAUUUGCCUUUGCCUUGACAACUCCAGGGAGAGCUUUUGCCAAGACUUCCAUGGAGAGUGUGUUCCUGCCAGACGUGCCAUUUCUGCCCAGCCAGCAGCCUUGACUAUUUCUCCAGCCCCUGUAAGAUUUAAACAUUCUUAAAUGUGGAAUUUCUCACUCUCUCACUAACAUAUUAUUCUUUAUAUUUCUCUUUGUAAAUUAAGUAUAAUAAAGUAAAGUAGCAUUUCCCAAGUAAAUUACUACAAUACAAAAUACCUGUUGAAUAAUAAAGCAAUAAUAAAACAAUUUAUAUUUUUUGGAUUUGUAAGAAAUGAUGUGCCAAAUUAUGUAUAUAUUUUAACUACACGAAACAUGCUAUUUUAAUGCUUUUAAAUGCAGUAUCGUAGUACUACUAAAUCAUAACUGACAAUGAUGGUGAAUGUUUUAAUCUGUGACCUAAUUAUUUCCUGAUUUAAAUACAUUCUUGUUUACAUGAAUCUUUGCUAAAAAAAGAAUAAGAGGAAAACAAAGUAUAUAUUUUGUUAUUGGAGGUAGGAAACUAACCCAAAAAUAUUUCAAACGUAACCAAAAAUAAUGAUAGGUAGAUACUGCAGAUAUAACUUUUAUAUGUAAUUAUGAUUGCAUGAAAGUCACACGACUUCCCUGAAAGUAGAGUCUUUGACCCAAAUCACCUCUUCAUUCCAAACUCGGUGGUCCAACAGCAGGGAGAGACCCUUAAAUCAUUUUUUUAACAUAAUCAUUAUCUCAGUUGCAGUGGUACUUUUGGGACAAUCCCAGAAUAACUCUCCGUAAAAAGUAAGAAAGACUUCCAAUCCACCAACUCUUGGCAGAUUGGUCCUGUGUGGGUGUGUGCAUGAGCGGACACUGCUAAGGACUGAUGCCCCAUCCAGAAUUGGUUCCUGCAUUGCCCCUGAUGAUGGUGGGAUAGCCUGUGACCUAGAUUUGGACUAGGACAGGUUUGAGAAUGUUAUGUAACGUUGUUAUAGUAAUGUUUAAUUGAGGCACAUUCUCUAAACUGUGUAAGGGAAUGUGUAGAUAAAUGGAUAACACAUUGACCUAAAGUGUUUCUCAUGGCACUGUUAUUAAAUUCAUCUAUUAUAGAUUAUGUUGUAACCUAUGCUGCUUUUUAUGCUAUAUGCCUGAACGACAUGAUUUGCUGUUCUGUUCACUGCAUCCUGCUGUGAACAGUUUGAGGGUCAUGUACACAAUAAUAAUACAUGGAACUGGAAUGAAAAGUGCAGAUUUUAAGUUAAAAACAAAAAUUAUGAUCUUAUUUAAUGGCUUCCUUUGUUAAAAAUGUUUACCAAAUUAGAAAAUAAAAAUUGUUUAUGGUAGUGGAUGAGAAAACUUCUAUCAUGAAAGGGAAAAGGCCGAGACAGAAACAUAAUGGGACACUAGUUCAGCAGAGGGGUGCUCACAAUCUUGAGCAAGGCCCAAUUAAACUGAAAACAAUUAAUCAGAAUGAGGCAAUGCAAAGGGCAUCAUGGCUGUAGUUUAGUCUGGGGUUUGAGAACUAUAAGGCAUCAAAGAUACUUGUAAAUCUUCUUCUUUCAGCUGCUCCCGUUAGGGGUUGCCACAGCGGAUCAUCUUUUUCCAUAUCUUCCUCGGAAUCUUGUUCUGUUACACCCAUCACCUGCAUGUCCUCUCUCACCACAUCCAUAAAAUGUGUAUCAAGGAUACUUGUAAAUACAAGUAAUAUUAAUAACUAAAGAUGAAUCUAUUAAAGUUAAAAACAAGAAAAACAUAAGAAUGUAAUGAAUGAAGAAAAUAUUACCAAUUAAAGCUUUUACAUGGAUGCUUAAUCUUCCACAUUGACUCUGGCAAUACUGAUGUCCCUUGAGUAGUUCUAAGGUCUAAUUUUCUAGAUACCACUGAUCCUAUGGCACUAUUGGCUUUCUGUAUUGAAGAAGACACUGUGUGUAGUUGUGGUUAUUUUACCUGACAGUUGCCUACCUCAAGUUAAAUUAAUUUAAAAAAAUUACAAGAGGUGUCAUUCUUCAGCUGAUGUGUAUUUCCUUUUUUGUGCUUUUAACACUGAAGUUGUCUGUCCAAGUUGUUUAAACCCUCAAAGGUACUAAUAAAGUCAAGUCUUCUGAUGUCCUUCUGCUAAAUAUGGAAAUUUGCACUCAGCAAUACUACUGUAAACUAAAAACUGGAGCCGUUAAGAUGGAAAUGUCUUUUCCUAUCCAAGGGAUGCAGGAAUGUUGAACAAACUGUUAUCAUCAAUCGCUUGUUUUCAGUAUCUGACUGUUUUUGGGUAUUAAAUAAUUCAAAUUACUGCAUCAGAUGUAAAAAUCCUGCUAUUUAUUCUCUAAUUGUUUAUUCUGUUUAUUCUUUAAUUGUGUAUUUUAGUGUACUGUGGUUUAAUCACACAUCCCAAAGAUUUGUUUUUCAAAUUAAUUAGUGGCUCUAUAAUGACUCGGUAUGAGCACUUCUGAAUAUGUGUGUGAGAAAGUCAGGAGGGAAACAUUACCAAAAAUCUGUUUAAAGUCACCAAAUCAAAAGGUCUAGAAGAUAAUCCAAGUCAAGACAGCAUUAGUCAAAACAAAAUAAAAAAAAAACGUUUGCUUUUGAGUCCAUUUAUUAGAAAACAAAGUGCAGAUGUUUUCUAAGUUCACAGUUUACUCUUUUAAAUGAUCUAAUAAUCAAUGGCACUGUGGUAAACUGAUUUAAUGUCAACAACAGAUAAUUUAGCAAAAGUAAAAAAACAAGAAUAAAAAAGAAAAAACUAACCUUUUAUUUUUUUACUGAAUCUUGAUAAAAAUGAGUUGUAAAAGAGGAAUGUUUUGUCUUGCUUUCUUGUUAUCUUUAAUCUAUUCAGACAAACCUGUGUUAAACUCAAGGAAAACAUUUUAUGCUUACAAAAAUUUGGGGAAUAUUGGGUUUAGAAGAGUGAUAAUGUUUGCUCCAUAACAAGAUGGUUACUAUGUUAUAUUGGAUCUGACUGCCUGUCGAGAGCAUUGAUGUCAUCCAUCCGAAGCCUUUCAAUAUAUUCAAUAUAUAUAUUUGUACUUUCAGCCAUGCACAGAAGGUUAGCUGAGGAUUCUAAAUGUUUGGAUCACUGCUUUGUACCUGUUCCCUAAACAUAUGUCUGUUUUUAAUACCAAAUUUUUCUUAUUUAUUGCUAUCUUUUUGAUAUGUGUUCAGAAAAUACAUAGUGGCUGUUCA